CGCUUUCCGUAGCGAGUUACGUUUCCUGCCAAUAUGGCUGCCAUCAGGAGUGGGGUGACUCCGGGUUGCUUAGCAAGAUGUUUCCUAAGACAGACUGGAAAACCGAGCCGGGGCAGCCGUCCUCUUCCAGACGUUUGGAGCCACCAGUUGCUCCAGAGGUCUCAUCUACAUACCGUGUUUGAGUGCCGCACUUCUACCACAAAGACUCUGCUGGGCCGCAGACACCAAGGAAAAUUCCUCUGGGUGAACGCUGUGGCAGCCAGACACAACAGCUCACAGAUCCCUCCAGAGGAUGGAGCCAUGGCAGCUCCAGUGGUAGAAGCUCCAAUCCUGGAGUCUUCUCUACCUGCUGACCCCAUCCCCACUAUCACACAACCCAUCAUGGAACAGAUCCCCGUUGAGACAGUUUCUGUGGCAGCACCAGUAGAAAGCUCUGCUGUUCCCCCAGUCCUGGAUUCCUCCCCCACACUUGUGUCUGCUGACCCCACCCCUGUUUUAACACAGCCAGUCCUUGAGCAGGUGGCUGAUGCUGCACCGACUGCCGUGGAAGUCCUGCAGGCUGUGGCCACAGAGCCGAGGUUAACAGAGCUGGGACUGGGUGCUCAUACACCAGUGGGACUCAUCCAGAACUUGUUAGAGUUCAUGCAUAUGGAUCUUGGUCUCCCCUGGUGGGGAGCCAUUGUUGUCGGAACGGUGCUGGCUCGUUUGGCUGUGUUUCCAGUCAUAGUGAAGGGCCAGAGAGAGGCGGCCAAGCUCAACAAUGUGCUGCCUGAGAUUACCAAACUAACCAACAAAAUGAAUGAGGCCAAGCAGAGUGGAAACAAAUAUGAAUUUGCUAGAGCCUACUCUGACCUGAACCUGUUCCAGAAGAAGAAUGAUGUGAAUCCUCUGCGUGGGUUCCUGGUUCCUAUGGUGCAGGCACCAGUCUUCAUCUCCUUCUUCAUCGCACUGAGGAAGAUGGCCUACCUGCCGGUGCCCAGCCUACAGACAGGAGGUGUGCUCUGGUUUACAGACCUGACGGCAGCAGAUCCUUUCUAUAUUCUACCCAUCGCCGUCACCGGAACCAUGUUCUUCAUCCUGGAGCUGGGAGCAGAGUCUGGUAUUGACAACCCCAAUCUGCGUGCCAUGAAGACUGUUUUCAGGAUUAUGCCCUUAAUCAUCCUCCCUCUCACGAUCAACUUCCCCACGGCGGUGUUUACCUACUGGUUGACCUCGAACUGCUUCUCCCUGGGUCAAGUGGCGCUGCUCAGACACCCUCUAGUCAGGGAAAAGUUCAAGAUCCCUGAGAGGAUCAAGCACCCGGACUCGGCCAUGCCCAAGAAUGACGGAUUAAUCGAAAGCAUGAAAAAGGGCUGGAAGAACGCUCAGCUGGCCCAGCAGCUGGAAGAGAGGGAAAGAAGGAUAAAAAAUCAUCUGGACCUCGCUGCUAAAGGUCCACUGAGGCAGACUUUUACCCACAAUCCUCUGCAGCAGACGCCUCCCAUUGCUGCAGCAUCAGCUAAAGACAAACAGGCUGGAGCCAAAGUGAGGCCGUGGAAGGACACUAUUGGAUAAAUCUGACUGGCUGUUAGCUUGAGGGUAGAAUUAAUUGUGUACAUAUUUAUGGAUUCAGAGACAGGGAAGGUCGGGAAAGAUUUGUCAUUAUGUAUUAUUCUAAUUAAAAUGUAAACUCUGCCACAAAACAA